CUCUCUAAUUUAAAGGGCACAAAACACAUAAAAGAAGCAGCAGCAGAACACAUAGAAGAGAGAUAGACAGAUGGGUCGUUCUCCUUGCUGUGAGAAAGCCCACACCAACAAAGGUGCAUGGACCAAAGAAGAAGAUCAGCGCCUCAUCAACUACAACAGAGCCCAUGGCGAGGGCUGCUGGAGAUCUCUCCCUAGAGCCGCAGGUUUGCUGCGUUGUGGAAAGAGUUGCAGAUUAAGAUGGAUAAAUUACCUGAGGCCUGAUCUCAAAAGAGGCAAUUUUACUGAAGAAGAAGACGAGCUCAUCAUCAAACUCCAUAGUUUACUUGGAAACAAAUGGUCUCUAAUUGCUGGUAGAGUACCCGGAAGAACGGACAAUGAAAUCAAGAACUAUUGGAAUACCCACAUCAGGGUGGAGAUGACUGCUGCAACCUACACAAUAUGUGGCAAAAUUCCAGUGAAGAGCUCUGGAUUUUUCUUGCAAAUGGCUUACUCUGCACAACCUGGAGGCAUCAAAGCUCAAAUUAAGAGAGAGAUUCGAAAAAUCAAACAUAGCAAAUUCCCUGAAUUUACAGAAAAGGAUUCUUCAGACAUCACCAGAAAGAAACCCAAUAAUUAA